AAAUCCAACUCGGCGACUCAAAGAUGAUCCUAAUAAUUGAGGAUGGUGGAUGAUCCCAAAACUGCCCCAUCUUUGUCCCACGCUCACCGACUCCCACACGCACAGACACCCUGAUCAGGAGUGAGAAAGAAAGACUCUGAGGAGUGAGAGAGAGCUUAAUUGAGUUUGCUAGGGUUUUAAUGGCGGCGAUUGGGAAGACGAAGCUGGACUCCGGGUGGCUCGCGGCGAGGUCAACGGAGGUCAGUCUCAGUGGGAUUCAGCUCACCACCACCCACCCACCCUCAAUUGGCACAUCCCCUUGGAUGGAGGCCGUUGUUCCCGGAACUGUUUUGGCAACCCUGGUGAAGAACAAAGUUGUGCCAGACCCGUUCUACGGGUUAGAGAACGAGUCAAUCAUAGACAUUGCUGAUUCCGGGAGGGAGUACUACACGUUCUGGUUCUUUACAACUUUUCGUUGUAAACUGUCAGGUACUCAGCACCUUGAUCUGAAUUUCCGUGCAAUCAACUAUUCUGCGGAUGUAUAUUUAAAUGGGCACAAAACAGUCCUGCCAAAAGGGAUGUUCCGAAGGCAUUCUCUUGAUGUCACUGAUGUAGUGCAUCCUGAUGGUGAAAACUUGCUUGCCGUUCUUGUUUACCCUCCGGAUAAUCCGGGGAGUAUUCCUCCUGAGGGUGGGCAAGGCGGUGAUCAUGAGAUCGGGAAAGAUGUAGCAACGCAGUAUGUGGAGGGUUGGGAUUGGAUAUGUCCUAUAAGGGAUAGAAACACCGGCAUAUGGGAUGAGGUGUCGAUUUCCAUAACAGGGCCAGUAAAAAUAAUUGACCCUCACUUGGUUUCAACGUUCUUCGACAAUUACAAGAGGGUAUAUUUGCAUACUACUACUGAGUUGGAAAAUAAGAGCACCCAGUCUGCGGAGUGUUCACUGAAUAUCCAAGUAACAACAGAACUUGAAGGAAAUUUUUGUUUACUAGAGCACGUUCAGACCCAACAUUUGUCAAUCCCUGCUGGAUCCCGAGUGCACUAUACUUUUCCCGAGCUCUUUUUCUAUAAACCUAAUCUAUGGUGGCCAAAUGGAAUGGGAAGGCAAUCCUUGUACAAAGUAUCUAUUACUGUUGAUGUAAAGGGAUAUGGAGAGUCUGAUUUGUGGGGCCAAUUAUUUGGUUUUCGUAAAAUUCAGAGCCACAUCGAUACUGUCACAGGAGGAAGGUUGUUUAAGGUCAAUGGUCAGCCUAUUUUUAUUCGUGGCGGUAAUUGGAUAUUGUCAGAUGGCCUCCUCCGGCUUUCAAAGAAGCGUUACAAGACUGACAUCAAGUUCCAUGCAGAUAUGAAUUUUAACAUGAUCCGUUGUUGGGGUGGUGGGCUGGCUGAGAGGCCGGACUUUUAUCAUUACUGUGACAUUUAUGGCUUGUUGGUCUGGCAAGAAUUUUGGAUUACAGGAGAUGUCGAUGGACGAGGUAUCCCUGUAUCGAAUCCAGAUGGUCCGCUGGACCAUGAUCUUUUCUUGCUAUGUGCAAGAGAUACUGUCAAGCUUCUCAGGAACCAUCCUAGUCUUGCCCUUUGGGUGGGCGGAAAUGAGCAAGUUCCACCAGAUGACAUCAACACGGCUUUGAAAAAUGACCUCAGGCUCCAUCCGCAUUUUGAGAAAUCGGUAAAUGAAAGUGGCAAGUCCACUGAAGAUUUGUCCCCAGUGUUGAGGGAUCCAAGCCAAUAUCUUGAUGGUACGCGUGUUUACAUCCAAGGAUCCAUGUGGGAUGGGUUUGCAAAUGGAAAGGGGGACUUCACCGAUGGUCCUUACGAAAUUCAAAAUCCCGAAGACUUCUUUAAAGAUGACUAUUACAAAUACGGGUUCAAUCCUGAAGUUGGUUCUGUAGGCAUGCCGGUUUCAGCUACCAUCAGAGCCACAAUGCCUCCUGAAGGAUGGCAGAUUCCUUUGUUUAAGAAGGUUUCUGAAUAUUACGAAGAAGUUCCAAACCCCAUAUGGGAAUACCAUAAGUAUAUCCCUUACUCAAAACCAGGCAAGGUUCAUGAUCAGAUUUUACUUUACGGGUCGCAACCAAAGGAUCUUGAUGAUUUUUGCUUGAAGGCUCAACUUGUGAACUACAUUCAGUAUAGAGCUCUACUGGAGGGUUGGACUUCCCGAAUGUGGACUAAAUACACCGGUGUUUUGAUUUGGAAAACACAGAAUCCAUGGACAGGUCUUAGAGGUCAAUUUUACGAUCAUCUUCUAGACCAAACAGCAGGUUUCUAUGGCUGUCGCUGUGCUGCGGAGCCAAUCCACGUCCAACUUAACUUAGAUACAUAUCUUAUAGAGGUUGUCAACACUACAUUAGAGGAACUAUCUGACGUCGCUGUAGAAGCCUCAGUGUGGGAUCUAGAAGGAACAUGCCCAUACUACAAAGUUCACGAAAAGGUGUCAGUGCCCCCAAAAAGAACAGUGCCAAUUGCUGAGAUGAAAUAUCCAAAAUCUAAAAACCCGAAGCCAGUUUACUUUCUUCUUCUCAAACUGUAUCACAAGUCAGACUACAGGAUUAUUUCCAGGAACUUUUACUGGUUGCAUCUGUCGGGUGGGGAUUACAAGCUGUUAGAACCCUACAGGAAGAAAACAGUGCCACUCAAGUUUACGUCCACAGUUUUCAUCAAAGGAACCACCUACGAAAUGCAUAUGCGUGUCCAGAACACAUCGAAGAAACCAGAUGCCAAGACUUUAACCUAUCAAAACAAUUUCACUACUAAACAAGGUGACGGCGAUUUUGAUACAGCCUCGGUGGAUUGUGUACAGGAUGGAGUAGGUACAAAGAACGAAGUUAGUUGGCUUCAGAAAAUAUCCAGACGUUUCACAAAGGAGACUGAUGAUUUGAAAGUUGCUGAAAUCAAUGGCCCCAACAUUGGCGUUGCUUUCUUCCUUCAUUUUUCUGUUCAUGGAGUGAAGAAGAACCAUAAGGAAGGAGAGGACACAAGAAUUCUUCCCGUUCAUUACUCGGACAAUUAUUUUUCACUGGUGCCAGGUGAGGCUAUGCCCAUCAAGAUCUCUUUUGAGGUCCCUCCCGGUGUCACGCCCCGAGUUACUCUCGCCGGAUGGAAUUACCAUGGUGUCCAUACAGUUCAUUGAGUUGUUCUGUUUUGUCUAUGCCCCUUGUAAUAUCUGAGUUAUACACGGUGAAGAACAAGUAUUGCUUGAAAUAAUUUCAAAUUUGAGGGAAAUUUUUUACUUUUUA